AUAUAUAUGUAUAUAUAUGUAUACACACACACACACACACACACACAUAUGUGUAUAUAUAUACAUAGGGACCUUCGAGUUAGUUUAACGAAAGAAACGGCGAAAGACCUUCUGGUAGAAGAGAACAAGAGAUCUAAACACUUAAAAUAUAUUCAUCGGCACCCUUGGAUAUCUGAACAAAAAAAAAAAAAAAAACAACACAAGAAAUUUCUAAAAUACACCUAUUAAUCGUAUAUUUUGAUACGAAGAAAUGAAAAAAAAGAAAGAAAAAAAAUAAGAAAAAAAAAAGAGGCAAGAAAAAGAAAAGAUUUGCUUUAUAUGUAAUUCUCACGACAAAAUUCAAAAUCAUUUUACUGCCAAAGGGGCUAGCCGAGGAUCGUAUAGAUAAAUAAAUUGUGUGAUUAGUGAAAAACGAGACGCGGUAUAAUUUAUUAAGUAAACAAAAAUAGAGGAGAAAAGACACGAAGAUGAAGAAGAUGAAAAUGAAAAUAAUGAUGAAGAUGAAGAAGAGGAAGAAGAGAGAAAGAGAGAGAGAGAGAGAGAGAGAAAACAUAAUCAAAGAACUUUUUUAUUUUUCUUUCUCUCUAAUUGUUGUGUAGGACGUACGGAACGUCCAAUUGUCGAUAUAAACAAAAAGAAAUAGAUAUAUAGAAAAACCAACGAGAGAGAGAGAGAGAGAGAGAUUAUCUAAGAAGAAUGUGUGUUAAAAUGGAGUAGCUACAAAGUUUGCGUCGUUUGAAAUAUAUUUUUAGACUUUUAGAUUAUUAUUUAGACACGGUUGUGCUUUCGUAGAGCUCGCAUUUUCAAAUCAACAUCGUUCGUUAGAAUUUAAACGUUCGAUACGUGAUAAUGCAUAUCGUCCGAUCUCGUCGAAGACACGAUCGAUAUUUUUGUUCUCUCUUUUGAAGCUGUACGAGCAUCAGAAAAAGAUAUUAGUAAAGAACACAAAGAUAUUAACAAAUAUUUACUUCGUAUCGCUUCGAUGCUUUCUCUCUUUUUUUCCUUAUUCUUUUUUUCUUUGUAAUUUAAUUUUUAGUCUACUCAAUAAUUGUUCUCAUGUGUUUAAUUUAAAACAAAUUUUUGUGAAAACAAUGGACUCGAUAAAAAAAAAAAAAAGAAAAAAAAAGAAGAAGAAGAACAAAAAAAGAAAAGAAUUUUUCGAUUAAGAAUCGAAAUUUUUAUAGCCAAUUGUUUUCGCGAGUCUAUUGCUCUACUAACACGACAAAAGAAAAAAAAAGAAACAGAGAGAGAGAGAGAGAAAGAGAGAGAAGAUAGCAAUCAUUCAAUAGUACUCAACUUCGUGGAGUAUACAUGAAUGUUAGAAGUAAAACAGAAAUGUUCCUACGUUAGUAGACACGUGCAACGGUAUUCGACGUAAUCGACGUUAGUUAAUAAAUGGAAUGAGAUAAGGAGGAAAAAAGAAAUAAGAAAAAGAAAUAUCGAAGAAUAUUAAAUAAAUUGGUGAAGUAAAAGUGACAUUCGAGUGAAUCCAACGGCCAAAAUUAUUUGCACGGAAAAUCGUCGAGAAAGGACAAGAAUAAAAAAAAAAAAAAAAACAAAAAGAGAAAGAAAGAGAGAAAGAAAAAACAAGAAAAAGAAAAGAAAAGAAAACCAUAAAUUUGGUUGCUAUAUUGUAUUCGUCGUACACAUUCUUAUCGUUGAUACGAUAAGACGUAAUAGAAUAGACAGUGAUAAAGAUCGAAUAUAACAAAAUGACUUACCUACGUAAAAGCAGUACUUUUCAGUGACUGUCGUUAUCGUUGAACAUAUAUUUUAUUUUAUAUUUUAUUUUACUUUUUCUUUUCCUUUAAUUUCUCUAUACGAACAUCGUUAGUUCUUCCAAUCCUCGUUCCUUGUUCAUCGACUAUCAACACGAUGCUACGACGUUUACGAAGACUUAAGUCGGUGAGUAUUUAAUAGACGAAUGUAACAAUCGAUCGUUCUGAAUUAUUUAUGAAAGAAACAAAGAAGUGAAACAAGAAGUUUGUUAUAGAUUACGUUAAAUUGCGUGAAUAAUCGUAAGUCGUUCGCUUGAACGCAUGCACUUUUAGAAACUGUAUAGCUCGAGAAAUUAUAGCGACGAAGUAAUUAUAUUUGAAAAUAUAAAACGUGAUUUUUUAUUACUAUGUCUGAUCGUUUCAAGAUCUUCGAAUGAAUCCAAUUAAAAUUUGUUAAUUAUCUAAUUAAACGUUUCGAUCGUGACGCAACGAUUACUGCCGACGAUGAGAAGAAAUGAAGUUAAAAAAUAAAUAAAUAGAUAAACAAAAUUGGAAAUAAAGGCAAAUUCAUUAUAAAAUUCUACUCGAAGCGCGCGCUCGUCGUUGUGUGCAAUAACACAAAUGCUUCGAGAUACAUCAUGGAAAAUAUGGAAAAAGACGCUCUCGAGAAUGAACGUUUUUUUUUUUACAUUUAACUCAACGAUAUUAGAUGCUGUUGACUUGUACACUUGACAUUACGAAAUAAAAGAUCUUAAAUUAUAACGCUUUCGUUCUUUUCGAGUAAAGAAAGAAAACAACAAAAUCUCUUCCUAUGACUUUGAAUUCGUUCCAAGAAUAAAUAAGAUAAUAUUUUCGCGAUAUGUUUACAUCAAAUUAACGUUAACGAUCGUACUAAUUAAUGUUAAUCGUGUUGUUUUUCUUUUUUUUUUUCAUUGGAAUUAAAAGCGUUCCUUAUCGAAAACGUGUGAGGAAAACAUGUAUGCGUCGACGUACGUAUACAUAUAUAUAUAGAGCUCGUAUUUUGUUAUCUUAACGUUGCCUCGCUGCUACCUCUACCGUUGAAAAGUCGAACUAACGUAUGUCAAAGCUUCAGAGUAUAAGCUCGCUGAGUACUCGUAUGGACGGACGUGUAGAGGGAGAGAGAGAGAGAGAGAGAGAGAGAGAGAGAGAGAGAGACAGACAGAGAGAGAAAGAGAGAAAGAGAGACACACAUUGCGGUUUGACAAGCGAUAGAGAAUGUUGUGUUUCGCGAGAUCACGAGAAAAUAAUGCUGGUAUUGGUUCAGCAGCGCCUCUGAUUCGAUCGAUCUACAUUCCGACAAGAUCCUCGGCAAAGUAGAACAAUGAUUAGCGGCAUACACGUCGCCUUAAAAAAUGCUAUCGACGUGAUAGCACCACCGGCUACGCCGCUACAAGACUUCACAUACCACUGGAAACAACUUAUGAACUUUUAUAUCAACCACUUGAACGAUUGCAAAGUUCCAAUACAAUCGACCAGUAUACCAAAACAUCUCGAUAGAUUACUUGAGAUUUUAUUGGAAGAGGAACAAGAUGGGAAUGAUCCUGGGCCAUGUUUGGAGUACUUAUUGCAGCACAAACUUUUGGAUCUGUUAGCUUCAUUAGCAACAGCUGAGACACCACCUGGUAUGAGAGUGGUCUGUCUUUCAUUCCUAAGAAAAUUACUUGGUCGAUCAAAAUACCCGUUGCUACAUCACACCUCGAUCUAUUCACCUAUACAACGUUUGAUCGUACUCUGCAAUGGGAACUCACCGUCUCCGAUCGAAACCGAAGAGAUUCAAUUUCUCUUAACGCUCUGUUUCUUAGUCUGCAAGUAUCCGCACGUGACGAACAUAAUAAACGACGUACCAAUGCUACAAAAACCAAGUAGCUCGAAUCGUUCAAGUUCGGAAAGAUUAGAAGUUGAAAAGGUUACUUACGUUCCAAACAGAAAAAAGAACAAUUCUAAUCCUUUGUUCGAACCAUUGAAUACACAAGCGAUUGCCUUGGUAAAUCCGAAUCUUUUGAAUCCUGAAAACAAUAGACGAAAGUCUUUGUGUUCUAAUAUCAGCUGUAUCAAGAUAGACGUACCAUCUAACUCUUCCACGCGUUCGAACGCAUCUACUUCUUCCAAAGAUACGGAGAAUAUAUCCCAAUCCUCGAGCCCGCUCACACAAAAUGUUUACUGCAAUUCGACAUUGACUAUGAACUUGCCGGAUGAUACACAAAACAAUCAAAAUAUUACGGAUAAACUUUGCGAUGAACUUGACAAUCCCGUAGCCGAGAUAGAAACGUGUUUACAAAGUAUGAAAGACUUGAGACUUACCGAGGAUUGCAAGACGUGUGACAAAACGAAUAAUCCAAUGGAGAACAAUUGCGGACGAAGUCUUUUGAUACCUUCGCGAAUACCAGCGAAAUCAAAGUGCCUUCUAUUGGAAGCCCUUAUGAGCUACGUAAACAGUGCUGACAACACGGUUAGAGUGAGAGCUUGCGAAGGCAUCAUGGUUUUAGCUUCGCUCGAAGAUACCACCUUCGCUCAAAUGGUAGCACAAAGCGAUUUACCGUCAAUUAUAACUAGUCGUUUGGAGAAUCUUUUCAAUGCCAUACCAGCUCACGUAGAUCCAAAUGAGAUCGAUGUUGUCGACGUAACUUGGGGUUUGGAUUCGCCCUUAUGGACGAAGGAAAAGAAGUUUCCUGGUUGUCGACAAGUCGCAGCUUUUUACAUGUGGUUCGAUUAUUGUAAUCAGCUUAUAAGAGAAGCUUCUACGGAUGUAGCCGAUGUAUUGGCAAAGCACGUUAGAAUAAAUUUCUUCGAAAAAAUAGUUACGCCUGCGCUAGCCGAUCAUCAAGUUAUUCUCGUAACGGCGUUGAUCACAAAAUGCUUGAAAGAGCUUGCAUCCUCUACAUUGUGUACAGAGGUGAGCUACUGGCUUGUCGGACACAAUAGGCAUCCAGAAAUUCCAAACGUUUGUACGUCUCCGGUUUUGUAUAGAUUAAUAAAUAACUGUUACACGGACAGCGACGAACUGACGGUAGAGACGUUGAAAUUGUUCGAAGAAGUUAUAGAUAAAAGAAACGAACAUACUCUGCACUGUCUUGCAUUGAUGUAUUUGACAAGUCGAGGGUAUUACGAUAAUACGGCCGCAGAUAGUGCCAUUACAUCCUGGAGCGACGAAGAAGAUGAAAGAGAAAGGGAAAAGAAAAGUACAUUAGAUCUUUCUUAUGAACAAAGUCAUAGUAGAACUUUGGCUCCGAGUAAUAUUCAUAGGAUCGUCAAUUGCUUCUUAUCUCUGGUACCACGCUAUCUUCAAACCGAUCCUGAUAUCAAUAGUUAUGAAAGAUGCAUGGUUGUUCUGGAAAAACAGUAUUCUACUGUAUUAAGGGAUUGUUUUUUAAUGGCAUGGCCUUUGGAAGCAGUAACGCAUGACGACUCUGCUAGUUCUGAUUCCAGACCAGAAGCUGAUCAUGGUGCUACACGGUUUUACAUGGGACCUUUUUUAACUAUGCUCUUCGAUAAAGUUUGCAAUAUGUCUAAGCAAAGAUACGAAAUUAACUUGCAACUUACGGUUGUAAUCUCUAGAUUAACACUCUUACCGCAUCCAUACUUGCAUGAAUUUUUAUUAAAUCCUCUUUUACCGCUAGUGCCUGGCACAAAAAGUCUAUUUACUUGUCUCCAGAAAGUAGUCAAGCAGCUAGUUAACGAAAUACCAAAGACCGCAGAAUCUAAACAAAAAUUGAAAGAAACAAGAGAGAGAUUAUUGGACGACUGUAUCCACGAUGUAGAGAAGGAAAAUACAUUGCUCGAAACUGUUGUAGUUACAGAAGAAUUUUGUAAGGGACUUGCCGCAAUAGCAUACGUCAAAUAUCAUCAUUCUAUGUGAUACUUAAUAUAAAAUGAACAAAUUUUAGUCAUUAAUGUGUUACUAAUGGAUGUAUUAUUGUUAUUGUAUUAUUUUAAUUAUGCUCGGAUAAAAUAUUAUUUCUGAAAUCAAUUUGUAUUAUACAUAUAUAUAUAUAUAUAUAUACAUACACACACACACACAUUAUAUAUAUCUAUGAUGUGUGAUGUGAUGUACGCGGGCGCGUAGUAUAUAUAUGUGCAUAUACAUACGUGUAUAUAUAUAUAAACUAAUUUAAACACCGUAGUAGUAUUUGACAUAAAGAUCUUUCAUGAUCAACUUAAUAUCUCUAAUAAAAAAGCUAUUCAAACUAAA